UUCUUGAAAUCGGUUGCAGACGGAGACGCUCUGUCCGUCGUCUAUAUACCCUCCCUCGCCUUCCUUCCUCCCCUCCCAUUGUUUCUCCUAGCUUCCUCCCUCUCCUAUUCAUCUGGGCGUUCUUGCGAAGCUGUUCGACCGAGGCGAGAUGGCGGGCAAGCGGAAGGCCGACGACAACCUGACCGGGACAAGGCAUCCGGCUGCGCGGACGCAGCCUACGGCCGGCGACGACCUCGUCGGUACAUCGGCGCAGACAUCAGGGCCGACGGCGAAUGCAGCCGGCGACGGCAUUGCCGGGACUUCGCAGGCGCUUGCGGGUCUGACGGCGGCGACUACAGGCUCCGCCGGCGGCUCUUCCCAGUUCGGUGGAGCUGUUCGCGGGGCCUGGGGCGGGGCCUGGUCGGGGCAGAGGGGAUCCGCUCCGCCGCACCGGCAUGCUUUUGCAGGGCAGACGGCGACUACACCAGCCUUCGCUGCAGGUGGAGCGCGUCCUUCGUUCUUGCGUUGA